CUCAGCUCGAGUUCGCGCUUGAGGUGCUCGACUCGUGCCAUCACAACAAGGAACUCUUGUCAAGCGGACCGAAAGAAAACAGAAGAGAAGCGCCCGCCCGCCCGCCCGCCGCGGCGCCGAAACAUGGCUCUGCUGGCCACGCUACGGAAGGAAUGGUUCAUCAUUGGAAUCGUGCUGGUCAUCUUGUCGGCAAAAGCGCAGCCCGGUUUUGGUGCGAAAGGAGGUGGACGCGCCGAACGCUGUUAGACGUCGCUUGCUUUCAAAGUCGAGCCGUUUCCACGGUUACCCAUUUCCUCUGCUCUGACUCAGGACCGCUGAAGCCGGAGAUCACCGUCUCGUAUUUGGCCGUCUCGCUCAUCUUCUUCAACAGCGGCCUCUCGCUGAAAACGGAGGAGUUGACCAGCGCCGUACUUCACAUCCGCCUUCACCUCUUCGUUCAGUCCUUCACGCUGGUCUUCUUCCCGCUGACGGUUUGGUUGCUGGUCAGGGUGCUGGCGCUGACCGCCGUCGACCAAUGGCUGCUUAAAGGGUUACAGACGGUGAGCUGCAUGCCGCCUCCGGUCUCCUCGGCCGUCAUUCUCACCAAAGCCGUCGGCGGUAACGAGGCGGCCGCCAUCUUCAACUCUGCGUUCGGGAGCUUCCUGGGGAUCGCGGUGACGCCUACGCUGCUGCUGCUCUUUCUGGGUUCCUCGUCCUCCGUGGCCGUGGGCUCCAUCUUCUCUCAGCUCUUGGCGACGGUGGCGGCGCCGCUCGUCGCCGGUCAGGUUUGCCGCCGCUUCCUGAAGGAAUGUCUGGAGCGUAGGAAGCUUCCGUUCGGAGCCGUCAGCAGCGCCGUCCUCCUCGUGAUCAUCUACGGCACCUUCUGCGACACUUUCAGUAAUCCCGGCACGGAGCUGGACUCCGCCAGCCUGCUGGCGGUCGUCCUUAUCAUUUUCUCCAUUCAGCUCACUUUUAUGCUGCUCACCUUUGGAUUUUCUAGCAGGGCCGGCUCGGGAUUCAGCCCCGCCGACACGGUGGCCAUCGUGUUCUGCUCCACGCACAAGUCGCUAACGCUAGGUAUCCCCAUGCUGAAGAUCGUGUUGGCCGGCGACGAGCGCCUGUCGCUCAUCUCCGUCCCCCUGCUCAUCUACCACCCGGCCCAGAUCCUCCUGGGUUCCCUGCUGGUGCCGACCAUCCGCCGCUGGAUGACCGCUCGCCAAAAGUUGCUGAAAAUGUCCAGCCAGCAGCCGGUCUGAUGACAAGCGAGUACGUGCCUUACGGUCACCAAUCGACCGACCGACCGACCGACCGGGACCUCGGAAGGAGGCGGCGAGCGCCGCGUUUUGGCGCUGCGUAGUUGCAAAAAAUUCCCCAAACAUUUAGCUUCUAUGUUUAAUAGAAGCAAAGGUAUGUUUUAGAUUUGAUAAAGGACACAUGGUGGUGCUGGGACCAUUUAUUAGCAUUUUUUUGAAAGACUCUUUUCUACUCGCUAUUCCAGUUUCCACUGAUGGAAUAUUUGUUACAAUAGUCUACAUUUUGAUGCUGUUUGUGAUACAACGAGAAGCCUUUAAUGUGUACUCUAAGUGACGACGACGACGCACCCUAAACGCCGAGGUCUACAAUAAGCGCUCUUUUUCUGAAGCCGUGAAUGUUUACAUUGCAUUUCCCCCAACUAGAACCAAAGCAUUUCUAUUUUGAGCGGCAAUCUGCCGCUGCCGCCACUUUGUAUUUUGGAAAGGAAAACUUUUUCUUCCACAAAAGGAAAUAAAUGAGUAUCCAAACCGUCAGUCUCCAGGCGAUGCUAGUAUGUCGUACUCUGCGAGAAGUACCAGGCUGUUCUCUCGGAUCCGGCGGACCCGGACCAAAUCGCCGCACUCUUGAAGGCGGACGGUCCCUCGCUCGCUCCUCCCGUAAUGUCGCUCCCGGUCGUUCAGCGUCACCUCGGUGCGUCUCCCGCAGGACUGCCCGUACACGUAGCGCACGCCGACCACCAGCGCCAUCCCUAGGCCGGCGGAGCAUCCCAGCAGCAUUCCCAGCUCCCG